ACUUCCUCACUUGACUCUCACGCCGACUUUAAUCGACACUCCUCCCCCAGUCUCCCCCUCGAUCCUCCCCUUUCCCAUCCACUGAUCCACACACACACAACCAUGGCACCUCUGCUCCUCCUCCCCGUUCUGCUCCUCUUCGCCACGGCCGCCGACGGCUACCCAUCCACCUGCAGGAACGCCACAUGCGGCCAACAGACCAUCGCCUACCCGUUCUGGCUCAACUCCUCGUCUUCAUCUUCAGCGUCCAGCUGCGGCUACCCCGGCCUCGGCCUUGCCUGCGAAGACGGCACCACUCUGAUUUUCCUCGCCCAAUCCCACCGGUACAAAGUCUCCAACAUCGACUACGAAACGCACACCAUCGCCCUCGCCGACGCCGACGCCUUCACCACCACGACCGGCUGCCCGCUCCUCGACUUCAACCUCACCAUCGACACCAUCUCCGCGCUUCAGCUCUCGCACGCGGACUCCAACAUCACCUUCUUUUACAACUGCACGAAGAACUCCUGGUCCUCUGCCGUGGAAUUAAGUGGCUGUCCGCAGUAUAACAAGAGUUCCUACGUGUCCCCGGCCGAUGACUAUGAUGGUGAAGCGUCCGAGUUCGGGUGCGAGGCGGCGGUGGUGGCGCCGGUGCUUGAGAUUCAUAAGAAGGGCAUAGUGGGUGUGGGUUCGCCUCCGGCCACAAAAUAUGUUGAGGUGCUGAGGGCUGGGUUCGAACUGAACUACAGCCCGAACUCCGAUCAGUGUGGCAGAUGCGAGCGAUCACGCGGAUGGUGCGGCUACCGGCACAACCAGACUCACGGCGGGAUCGUGUUCAGCUGUUUCUGCGACGGCGGCCCGACCGCGGAUCAUUGCGUGACGUGUUUUGGUUUUCUGCUCCUACCAGCGACUAACUGGAGCCAAUACUGCAGUAAUUCAGUAACAAACUGACCGGAACAGUCAGUUUAGCCAUUUUUUAGAUAGAAAGAAUUAUCCGCAAGUAGCAAGUUGUUAACAAACCAGUUGCCCACGAUUUACUACUACGGGUAGUUGCCUGAGUACUUGCCUGAAGGAAUCGAGCCUCUGUCAAACGUACUGUACGUGCUUUGUGACCCACCGCUAGGGGCUAGGACUUACGGCCGGAGGUAGUGUUAUGCACAUCCGGACAAAACAAAUGACUAGCAAGAUUCGGUUCGCGACUUCACUGUAAAGCUGUAGAGAGGCCCCUUGUUCACGGAUCAACAUCGACGGCUCAGUGGUGUGACUGCCUUGCCUCGACAGCUCCGUGCUGAAUUAACCGCUCGCAGGUUGCUUCUUACGUUUUCGUAGUGCUCAGCUGUACUACUCAACAGGCAGCCAAGUCGGACUUCAGUGGACUAGAACUUGCGUGAGACGCUGGUACUCCUGUCUUUUGAUCUUUUCUAGGUUUGUGAUCACGAAAGUUCAGCAAUGCAUCCAACUGGAAGAAGAUUGGUUUGGUCGGUACCAGUCUACGGACCUGCCUGCUCGGUUGCUCCCUCAAGGAUUUCUUCUGUUCAUACUGAACACCGCGUGCACCAGUGCACAAGUCUUAGUACAAUUAAUUGUACCUGGUGUAGUGACCACACAUCAGCGAAGUACAGCCAUCAGGCUCUCGUGCCAACUAGCCUACUUCAGUAGGAGUACCGGUUUGGUUGCAACCAGCUAUCAACGAACUACUCCAUCUUUUGGCGACUUCCAUUCUCCAAAAGUCCAAAUACAUCAGACCAUAUCUAGUGGUAUGUAAGGAUGAUUACCAUAAUAAAAAACAACAUGGACCGUCCGAUCUGGGUCAAGGCACAUGAUCGAACAUAACUAUUGAUUUUUCAUUGACGUCCUUAAAUUAUGUUCAAGCGACAAUCCAUCCCUUUUUCUGGUAUGUGGAUUUUUAAUAACAUUUCAGGAAAAUUGAUUGAUUAGUGAAUUAAAAUAAAUCAAUGAAAUAAUGAAAGUAAAUAGUCAUUUUUCAGUCAACAAUCAUACCACCGACGAAGAUUUUAUUAUCUCUGUACUUGCAUCAAUCUUGUAUGAAUCUCACUGAUUAGAUCAGACCGUUAUUACCAUUGACUUAGAAAUAGUUAUUUAUCAGUCGUCUUACAAAUAGCAAAACUGUAAAUAUAUUAUUGUUAUUUCUUGUUAUAUCACUCAAACUUCAGUGAUAUCAUCAUUGAAAUAUAUAUAUGUUAACAAAAAUAUCGAUGAAAUUUCAAUCAAUUAAUGAUAUGUCAAUCAAGUGAUGUUUGAGAAUAAUAAUGCCCAAUUGAUAUAAAAUUGAUAUCACAGUGAAACUGGAAUGAAACCUAAAUAUUUUGUGAAAUAUGAAUGAAUUAAUCAGAAUGAAAUAUCAAUGAAACUAACAAAAUCUUGCAAGAUGGGUGAGAGAGAGGGGUGUACUACAGGUGGAAUUUAACAAAACUCUAGGGUGUAAAUGGGAGAAAUGAGUGGGUAAGAAACCUAGUCCCGAGAGAAGGAUGGGUUGCUUGAUUCUAACCAAACUUGAGGAUUUAAAAUUUUAAAUGAGAAAUCACCAUAUGCAUAGAUCUAGGCCAAAAAUAUAUCGAUUUGCUCUGAAGUACAAUAUAACCCAAUAAUCCGGUAGCACGGGUGUUAUCUUCUCGCCCUCCCUUCCUCCUCCGAAAGCACGGCUAUUCCAUGUGCACCCAAGUGUAGAUCAAUUAGUAAAUACAAGUAAAAGUUUUAGAAGUUUUACACUAUUGACACUAUAUUUAUCUAUGAUUUCACACAAAUCUGUAUCCUAAAACUCGAUUUUCAGCACCGACACUAGAUUGAUCUGUUUUGUUUCUCAAAUUUUGCUUCUAUUUGGAUUUAAAAUUGUGUAGAUACCAAAAACAUGACGUGUCAAUGAUGUGAUUUUUUUUUGGCUUGGGAGCAUUGGGGGUACUUAAUUAGCUCGCCCUUCUUGCCUAUCCCAUGUGGCCAUGUGUUGCUGCCAGGUCCGCUCCCCCUCUUUGACUUGUCUUAACGUGAUUUCAAGUUGUCUUUCAAGCAUCACACCUCUACGGAGCUAAGAGCAUCUUCAACAAGAUGUUACCACAGCCAUUACUUUGCCUUUCAUGUCGUCACUUAUCUCUCAUAUCCACCUUUUUCUAAUUAUAAAUAUCUGAAAAGUAUUUUUUUUAUUAGGAUCCACUUGUCAUACUCCUCUCCCAUUUCUACUUUCCUCCGACUUUUCUUGGUAACAAUGAACUAACAGUUUAUUGCACAAUAAACUGAUGUUAUGCUUCUUUCUAUUCUCACUCCUCCACCUAAGAAAAAAAUCAGAUAUGUGGCGUUAAGAACAGCUGAUUUGUAACUGUUGAAAAUGCUCUUAUCAUGUCUAGUACUAUUGUCCUGCUCCAUGCUACCGUGACCUUACCUAUACAAGAACCACAUUAGAACAAACAAUGCAAGAGGUUCAACGAGUAAAAAAUUAUGACAUGUGUUCAUUUAGUAAUAUUGAUGAGCGAUGAGCGAUUUUCCUUCUUUUAAAAAUAAUCAUGUUUUUCCUAUCCAUGCAUUUUGAGGCUAUUUUGCAAACAGGCACUGAUAGG